GCCCUGGCAGCCGCCGGGACGCGACGGGAGCGCUGAGGGGCGACGGUGCCGCCAUGAUGGGCACCGCGGGCCCCUUCCUCCCUCGCGGCCGGGACCGGCCCGAGGAGCGGCGGCGCAGAGUGGCCCCGCUGGCGGCCGCACCCCCGGAGGGAGAGGAGGAGCCACUCCUUAGGGGCAUCUUCGAGAUCGGCAAGACGAGCUGCGACGUGGUGCUGAGCGCCCGACGGCUGCGCUGGAGCCCCAUCGUGCCCGAGAGCCCCGCAGGUGAUUCCAGUACAGCUUUACAGGUGAAAGAAGAGAUUAUUGAAAUGAAGGAUGUAUUUUCAGUAAAAGUGAAACGUCGCCGUUUUGUAGGACAGAAGAAAGGUGGUACUUUGUUGGGUAUCACUAUUUUUAAAUGCUUACAUAAAGAAGAAAAUAAACUAACAGACUGUGCUAUCCAUUUGAAUAACUUCAGUGAAGAUCAUUGUCAUUCAUGGUUUAGACGUCUAAAGGAAAUUUUGAAUGGGUUUCAAAAUAGGCCAAAAUCCUUGAAAGUAUUUGUUAAUCCAAGCAGCCACAAAAGAGAAGCCGCUCGUAUUUAUUAUGAACAAGUGUCACCGCUUUUUAAGCUUGCUGAUAUAAAAACUGAUGUCACAGUAACUGAAUAUGAAGGACAUGCUCUGUCAGUACUUAAAGAAUGUGAACUCCAGGCAUUUGAUGGGGUAGUUUGUGUUGGUGGAGAUGGAUUUGUCAGUGAAGUUGUUCAUGGUUUGCUACUUAAAGCCCAGAUAGAUGCUGGAAAAGGCACAGACUACAUACCAGCACCUGUCAGAGCACCAGUCCCUCUUGGAGUGAUACCAGCAGGUACUACCAAUAUUUUGGCCUACACUCUCUAUGGUAUCAAACAUACAGUGACUGCAACACUGCACAUUGUAAUGGGUCAUAUCCAACCAGUAGAUGCCUGUACUUUCAGUACUCCAAGCAGGCUUUUGCGUUUUGGGUUCUCGGCUAUGUUUGGUUUUGGUGCAAGGACUCUAGCUUUGGCUGAAAAGCACCGUUGGAUGCCCUCCAAUCAGCGAAAGGAUUUUGCUUUUAUCAAAACACUGGCAGAUCUCAAGACAGAGAAAUGUGAAUUAUCAUUUCUACCUCUACAAAUUUCACAGGAAGACUCUCAUGAGAAUGAUAGAAAGAAGAAAAGGAAGAACAAAAAGAAAGGUAGCAAGGAUCAAUGGCACAAAAUUCAGGGUGACUUCCUGAACGUGAGCAUUAUGGCAAUCCCUUGUCUGUGUUCAAUGGCACCAAGAGGCUUGGCACCUAAUACGAGGUUAAAUAAUGGAAGCAUGGCUCUGAUUGUUGUACGGAAUACCUCUCGAACUGAGUUUAUUAAACACCUGAAAAGAUAUGCCAGUGUUAAAAAUCAGUUCAGUUUUCCCUUUGUUGAGACAUACACUGUUCAAGAAGUAAAAGUGCAACUGAGAAUCAAAAGUGGGCUUGAUGCCAAAGAAAAUACAGAUUUGAAUGCCACUGCCGCAGAAGAAAAUUACCCUUGGAAUAUAGAUGGGGACUUAGUAGAAGCAUCAGAAGUUCAUGUUCGGGUACAUCCUCAACUUAUUCAUCUCUAUGGAGUGAACACUGAUGAUCUGGAGAGUUCCAAAGCAACAUGCAAUUGCAUAUAGAAGGGACACACUGAAUGUUCUGUAUGAGUCCUUCUCACACCUGUAACUUCUUGAAUAUUUUCUACAACUAUUUGAGAUGAAUGCAAAUUAAGACCGGAUUCUCAAAGGAAGAGCCAGUUUCUAGAAAGGUGAUGGAAAAAGUAGCAGUCUGGUGGGUUUGUCUGCAGUGCCACAGGGCUAAGCUUGUGGUUCUGUUCAUUUGUCUAUGAAUUGUUAUGGAAUAAGGCAGAUGCACAAUGGUGUGAAAGCAGCAUUGUCUCAUGGCUGGCACAGGUUGCUCCAAGUCUUUGUUCUGUAAGUGGUUCAGUAUACUGUGAUUUCAUAAAAUCCCUGUACAUGGGAUCUGUAUUUACAAGACUUACAUGAGCUGUAUAUUUUACUCCAUUUUAAAUCUUGUGAAAAAUUCUUACUGGUGAUUAAUAAGCUACACUAAUAUUGCAGAUUGCUACUUGUGUUCUCAGAACAAGCUGUUACUUGUUGGAAACCUCAUGCAGUUUCUGUGGAUAAAUGUGGCUAAUAGUAAAAGCCAAAUUCAUAGACAAUAUAAUGCCUUUUUCAGAGGCAAUCAUUAUAGGAACGCUGAAGCUACAGUUUUGCUUGGCACUGGGGCAGUGAUGGCAGAGCAGGGUCAUAGCAUCCUUCAGUAUGAAUGGGGCCCUGAUAGGGCCCUUGCCCAAUCUCCUGGUCCAAGUGGUCCAGCUACUAGGUCAACCCUGGUUUCUCAGGACUUUAUUCAACUUGAUCUCAAACUAUCUGAGAAAGGAGAUGACACCACUUCUCUGAGUUCCAGUUCUGGGCUAUCUUCAAGGGGAAAAGGAUUUUCCUGAUGUUCAGUGGGAUCUUCUCAUUUCAGCUGAUGGCUGUUCUGAGUCACAGUGAGUAGUCUAUUACAUUGCUAUACUUGAUACUGUAUUGCACCAAAUAUUUUAAUGUUUAUGGCAAUUUAAACUGAGCUUCCUAAAGGUGUAUAAGAAGAAUAUUCCAGCUACAUGUAGUAGAUUUAACUGUUUUUAUUACAUAACUGAAAAUUAACAAAAGAACUUACGAAAGAAAUAGCAUUUGUGCUCAACUUGUUGGAGUUCUCUUUAGUAAAGUAAAACCAAGUGAUGCUUUAUACUUUUGCCACCAUUAAGACAGUAUACAUUUAUUUUUGUCAACCUUGUUUCUAACAUUAAAUUGACUUUUGCUUCAUAUCUUGAGAAUAGGCAACCAACAUUUACAUGUUAAUAACAAAAUCUGAAUAGAAAGCAUACCAAGGCAACAUUAUCACAUUUACUGACCUGUGUAAACUAAUUCAAAGAUAAAUAAAAUGUUUUAGUUUCAUUUCUUUGCAUUGUUUGUACUAAAAAGAAUUUUAAUGCUUUUUCCAGCAUUUUGAGGUAUAUUUAUAUGCUGUAAUACCAAACAAAUUUCUGUUCAAAGCCAUUUUGGUUAAAGUGCAAAAAAUCACUAAAGCCAUUUGGAAGAUGAACAUUUUGUAUGUUUCAUAGACUUGCAAGAAAGUAUUUCAUUCUUCACAUUCUUUUUGAUAUACAUAUAUGUAUAUAUUAAAAUACAUACACAUUCAUUUGUCCUUACACUGCCUAAGAUUUUAGAGAUAAAAUUAUGUCAGAGGGUUCCACAACUUUGCCAUCAAAUUAAGCGAACAGAAAUUACAGAAUGGUCCCCAAUGCCUUUAUAAUCUGUGGACAAUGUGGAUUUUCUUGGCACCAAGUACACUCACUUCAAAAGUGUUUGUUGAAGGCACUAUGCAUUGCUUUUGAACUAAAUCUCAUAUGACGGUGCAGCUUCAAAGCGUACGUAUGUGUUAAACUUGUUUCUCCUUACAGUUCAGAAAAACAUCAAAGUCAGGGCAAGAAUGGCCUUAUUACUUACUGCUGUUACAAUAAAUUUAGAUACUGAUGACACUGUAGAUUCUGUGGUUGUACUGGGGGGCAGUCAUUUUAUUUUUUUUUUUCCUCCUGGACUGUACUAUUUAUUUCACCAAAGCUAGGUGG